AUGGAUAGUUUUCACUGCGAAGUCCUACUGUGGAAUGGGAUGGUUCUUCUGGUAAUCGCUCUUGUCACAUCCCUGACAAACGGUGUUCUUCUGAUCACCGUUUUUCGCGAUCCUCUUCGCUGCUUUAGGAAUGGUGGAUCGGCAUUAAUUGCUUGCCUAGCCGUGACAGACUUUCUAACAGGAACCGUUACAGCAUCCAACGCUGGGAUUUUCAGUAUCCUCAACUCGCAAGGAAUACCAUCACUGAGGAUAAGAGGCGUGCUCCAAGAAAAGCUCGUGUCCCAGUUUACAGUGAGAAGUGGUAUUCUUGUAGUGACUGCCUUUACAUUUGAAAGAUUCCUUGCCGUAGCAAUGCCCCAUUUCUACCGUAACUAUGUCAUUAUCAAAAACGUCAAUAUCUGUGCCUUGGUUUGCUGCACGGUGGGCUUUCUAGCAAGUAUCAUAGAACUUGCUUUAGACAAGGUCAUCUUUGAGUACAUCAGUUAUUAUGGAUUCUUCAUCAGUCCCCUAAUUCUCAUCACCAUUUGUUAUUUGGCAACCUACAUUGCACUUAGGAAAAGACUCAGGAGUUCCAAGAGUACCAGUGUCAUGCCUGCCGCUUCGCAACAGCAAAGGAUGCGGGAAGUUCAACAGCUGAAAAGAGAAAGACUCCUGUUUCACACAGCCUUCUUUGUCAUUCUCGGUUUCGUGUUUUCCUACAGUCCCUGGUUCUCUGUAGUGGCCAUCACCACAUACUGCCCUUCCUGUACCAAAACAAGAUGGUAUUUUGCCCUGUAUCGCUCGACUAUUCCAUUCCUGUAUGUGAAUUCAGCGCUGAAUCCUCUGCUGUAUGCCUGGCGCAUUCCCAGGUACCGCAAAUCAGUUGCAAAAAUGUUUGGCAAUCCAAGAAUCGCCGACGAGAGUACUCUCAAUACAAACCAGCUGAAGAUGCCAAGGAACUCUGCUGCAAUAUUGGAACCCCAGGAUGUCGUAUUCAGCUCAGCAGAGCCAGUUUAAUCUUGACACUUCUUAAAAAUGUAUUUGUCAUAUUAAUUUGAACUGUAGUAUACUUUAGUUUAUAGUUAAGGCAAGAGCUUGACAUUUGAAAAGUUCUUUUGAUUGUGAUCCUA